AAGCACCAUUCUAUUCAGAAGAUGUCUGCCCUUGAAACACUCUUUAAAUAUGUUGAUGACCACCAAGAUCUCUAUAUUGAGCGGUUGGCUCAGUGGGUGGCAAUCCAGAGUGUGUCAGCAUGGCCAGAGAAGAGGGGCGAGAUCAGGCACAUGAUGGAAGUUGCUGCCAAGGAUAUUGAGCGGCUUGGAGGCACAACCCAACUUGUGGAUAUUGGACAGCAGCAGCUGCCUGAUGGAUCAAAGAUCCCUCUACCUCCAAUUCUUCUAGGAAAACUAGGCUCAGAUCCAUGCAAAAAAACAGUGUGUGUAUAUGGCCACCUAGAUGUUCAGCCAGCAGCCCUAGAAGAUGGCUGGGACAGUGAACCCUUCACGCUGGUGGAGAGAGAUGGAAAGCUGUACGGGCGAGGAUCAACGGAUGAUAAAGGUCCAGUGCUUGCAUGGCUGAAUGUAUUGGAGGCUUAUCAAAAAACUAACCAGGAGAUUCCAGUAAACAUUAAGUUCUGUCUAGAAGGCAUGGAAGAGUCUGGAUCUGAAGGCCUUGAUGAACUGAUUUUUGCCCAACGAGAUACUUUCUUCAAAGAUGUGGAUUAUGUUUGCAUUUCUGACAACUACUGGUUAGGCAAAAACAAACCUUGUAUCACAUAUGGUUUGAGAGGCAUCUGCUAUUACUACAUAGAGGUGGAGUGUAGUGACAAAGACCUGCACUCAGGAGUUUAUGGUGGCUCAGUACAUGAGGCCAUGACGGAUCUCAUUGCUCUGAUGGGCUCCCUUGUAGACAAGAAAGGGAAAAUUCUGAUCCCAGGUGUUAAUGAAUUAGUAGCACCUCUUAAUGAUGAGGAGCUGGCACUUUAUGAGAAGAUUGACUUUGACAUGGAAGAAUAUGCAAGAGAUAUAGGAGUACCAAAACUACUGCAUGAUGCUAAGAAAGAUAUCCUUAUGCAUAGGUGGCGAUACCCUUCCUUGUCUCUUCAUGGAAUAGAAGGAGCUUUCUCUGGAUCUGGAGUGAAGACUGUGAUUCCUAGGAAAGUCRUUGGCAAGUUCUCAAUCAGACUUGUGCCAAACAUGAUUCCUGAAGAAGUCACAAAGCAUGUUGAAGACUACGUAAGCAAAAAGUUUGCAGAGCUUCAGAGCCCCAACAAAUUCAGAGUAUACCUGAGCCAUGGUGGAAAACCAUGGGUGUCAGACUUCAACCAUCCCCACUACAUGGCUGGGAGAAGGGCCAUGAAGACAGUUUUUGGAGUUGAACCAGACCUGACGAGGGAGGGAGGAAGCAUUCCUGUUACUAUUACUUUUCAAGAAGCAACGGGCAAGAAUGUCAUGCUGCUUCCUGUUGGAGCUGCAGAUGAUGGUGCCCACUCUCAAAAUGAGAAACUAAAUAGGUCCAACUACAUCCAGGGGGUGAAGAUGCUUGGUGCAUACCUCUAUGAAGUGUCUCAGCUGAAGGACUAAGACCUGACCUUCUGGCUUGUGCUUGAGGUCUGAGUUCCUGCACAAUACAACAUCAGCUUUCCUUUCUACCUAUGCUCCAUUGCCUUGCUGGCAGAGAGGGAAGCACUUCUGCUUGAGGAAACCAGAAACACUGUAUUGCAAAAUACUGCUUCAAAUGCCUACUUCAAACUACAGAAAACAUUCUUGCUCUUUCUUGCCAGUAGUGCUGAAUUGCACCUUUGUCCCCCUGUGUGUCACUUUGAUUCCAGCUGUGGUUUGCUGCACUUAUCUGCCUCUUUCUGUGAGGCAAGAAGAGCUGUUUCCUGUCAAUUGUUAACCAGCCACAUGAGUUGCAGAGCUGUCAGCCAAGUUAAAGGUGAUUAUUUCAAAAAGUCCUGGAAGUACAAGG